AUGGAGAUUAAUAAUAAAUCUUUCACUCUUAUCCCAAUGUUAGUUCUUCUAUUUUUCGUUCAUUUUUCUUUGAUUUCUUGUGGUAAAAAUAUUAAUAGCUUCACUCUGGAUCUUAUCCAUCGCGAUUCUCCUCUUUCACUUUUUCACAACCCAUCAAACACUCCAUAUGAACGCCUUCAAAAUGCCUUAUAUAGGUCAUUCUCCCGAGCUUCCUUUUUAAAGAAAAAAUAUGUUAAUCCAAUCGAAUCGACUCUUAUUCCAAAUGGAGGUGAAUACCUCAUGAAAAUCUCAAUUGGAACUCCCCCAAUAGACACUCUUGUCAUUGCUGAUACUGGUAGUGACUUGACAUGGACACAAUGUAAGCCUUGUGUUAAUUGUUUCAAACAAUUGACACCUAUUUUCAAUCCCAAGAAGAGUUCUUCUUAUAAAACUAUUGGUUGUAACAAUAAACUUUGUCAAGGGUUACUAUGUAACAAUAGUAGAUGUAAUUAUGAAGUGAGUUAUGGUGAUCAAUCUCACACUAUGGGUGAUCUUUCUAUUGAAACUUUCACAUUUUCUUCUACUUCUAGUCAAAAUGUUUCAAUUCCUAAUAUUGUGUUUGGUUGUGGACAUGACAAUGGUGGCACAUUUCCCAAUGUCACUUCUGGUAUCAUUGGCUUAGGUGGUGGCAAUGCCUCAAUUGUCAACCAAAUGCAUCAACAAAUCAAAGGGAAAUUCUCUUAUUGUUUAAUACCAUUGGAAUCAUUGUUAGAUAAUUCCAAUGCAACUAGUCACAUCCACUUUGGCAACUGUGCAAUUGUAUCGGGUCCUAACGUUGUUUCAACUCCCUUGAUUAAAAAGGAACCAUCUACGUUUUAUUAUCUAAAUUUAGAAGGUAUCAGCAUAGGAAACAAGACAGUGGAAUUCAAUUCUUUUCCCGUUGGUGGUGGUGAUGAUGAUCCAGGUAACAUUAUAAUUGAUUCUGGCACGACAUUAACCUAUGUGCCUGACGCUUUUUACUUGAAUUUGGAAUCGAUGUUAAUCCUUUCGAUCAAUGCUACUAAGAAGGACGAUCCAUCGAGCUCUUUUCGUUUGUGUUAUGAGUCUAAUAAGAAUGGUACAAUCGACGUUCCAAAGAUUGUUGCACAUUUUACAAAUGCAGAUUUAGAGUUGUCAACUUCAAACAUUUUUACACAAGUGGUGGAAGGCAUUGUUUGUUUGACAAUAGUGCCAGGAGGAAAUCAAAUUUCUAUAUUUGGAAAUUUAGCACAAGCCAAUUUUCUAAUUGGAUAUGAUCUUAAGGCUAACAAAGUGUCCUUUAAACCUACAGAUUGUACUAAGUAUUAG